AUGAAGGGAGAGACGGCGACGCUGGUGCUGGUGAACCUGGCGGGGAUAAUGGAGAGGGCGGAUGAGUCACUGCUUCCGGGAGUGUACAAGGAAGUGGGAGCGGCGCUCCAUACCGACCCCACCGGCCUCGGUUCCCUCACUCUCUUCCGAUCCAUCGUUCAAUCCUUGUGCUACCCCAUUGCCGCCUACCUCGCCGUCCGCCAUAACCGCGCCCACGUCAUCGCCCUAGGCGCUUUCCUCUGGGCCGCCGCUACCUUCCUCGUUGCUUUCUCCUCCACGUUUUUCGAGGUAGCUUUAUCACGAGCAUUUAAUGGUAUUGGCCUUGCGCUUGUAGCACCUGCAAUCCAAUCUCUUGUUGCUGAUUCAACUGAUGAUAGCAAUCGUGGCAUGGCUUUUGGAUGGCUUCAACUAACAGGCAAUGUUGGUUCAAUUAUUGGCGGCCUCUUAUCAGUUUUGAUAGCUCCAAUAACAGUGUUUGGAAUCCCUGGUUGGAGAAUUUCCUUUCACAUUGUUGCAUUAAUAAGCAUUAUCGUAGGUGUUUUAGUAUACCUCUUUGCCAACGAUCCACACUUCUCAAAUAAUGGUACAAAUGAUAGAAGGCUAGCUCCAAAUAAAACAUUUUGGUCUGAAGUGAAAGAUCUGGUUCAGGAGUCCAAGUCAGUUUUGAAGAUUUCGUCUUUCCAGAUUAUUGUUGCACAGGGUGUCACUGGCUCCUUUCCCUGGUCUGCUUUAUCAUUCGCACCAAUGUGGUUAGAGCUUACUGGCUUCUCCCACAAGAAAACUGCUUUCCUCAUAGCUCUGUUUGUGGUUGCCAGUUCUAUUGGGGGAUUGUUUGGAGGUAAGAUGGGAGAUAUUCUCUCCAAGCAUCUUCCAAAUUCUGGGAGGAUAAUUUUGGCACAGAUAAGCUCUGGAUCAGCAAUCCCCUUAGCAGCACUUCUUUUGCUCGGUUUGCCAGAUGAUCCAUCCACAAUAAUAUCUCAUGGUUUUGUUCUAAUUAUUAUGGGACUCUUGAUAUCUUGGAACGCUCCAGCUACAAAUAAUCCAAUUUUUGCAGAGAUAGUUCCAGAGAGAUCCCGAACUAGUGUAUAUGCCUUGGACAGAUCUUUUGAGUCUAUACUGUCAUCUUUUGCUCCCCCUGCAGUGGGGAUUUUGGCUCAGCAUGUUUAUGGGUAUAAGCCCAUUCCUGAAGGGUCCAGUGAGUCUCAAGAGAUUUUAACAGACAGAGAGAAUGCUGCGUCAUUGGCCAAGUCUCUUUACACAGCAAUAGGAAUCCCAAUGGCUCUCUGCUGUAUAAUCUACACAUUACUUUAUAGAACAUAUCCAAGAGACAGGGAGCGAGCUAAGAUGGAGGCUUUAAUUGAAUCAGAGAUGCAAUUAAUUGAAUCAGGUGGUUUAGCCAUGGAUAAAGAGUUUGAGCCAGAAGAAUUGUCUAUUGCAGAUUAUGAUGGUGAAGAAAACACAUUACUCUACCGGUAG